AUGGCUGCUGCCUCCCCUCUGAGGAACCUGGAGGAUGAGGUGCUCUGCUCCAUCUGCCUUGACUACUUGAGAGAACCAGUGACCAUUGACUGUGGCCAUGUGUUCUGCUACCACUGCAUCAUUAAGGUCUGUGAAUCUUCCAGACAGCCAUUAUAUUGUUCUCUCUGCAAGACAGUUUUUAAGAAAGAGAAUAUCCGCCAUGUGUGGCAGAUGGCCAGCCUGGUGGAGAACAUCUGGAGGAUGAAGGUAGAAGAGGAGAGACAACCCCGAGAGGAAAGAUCACCUGAGCAACGAGCCGAGAACCUGUGUGGGCGGCAUCUGGAGAAGCUGCAUUACUACUGCAAGGACGACCAGCAGAUCCUGUGUGUGAUGUGCCGGGAGUCUCGGGAGCACAGGCACCACGCUGCUGUCCUCCUGGAGAAGGCUGCCCAGUCCUAUCGGGGUAAAAUUCUAAACCAUCUGAAGAUUCUGAAGGGAGACAGGGAUAGAAUUCAGAAUUUUCAGUCCACAGGAGAAGAUGAGAUUCAAGCUCUGUUGACCAAAUUCCAGAACCACAGGCAAGACAUUGUGUCAGUGUUUGAACAGGGCCAUCAAUUCUUGAGAGAGAGAGAGCAGUACCUGUUGGACUUGCUGGUGGGGCUGGAGCAGGAACUCAUAGAUGGGCGGAACAGCCAUAUCACGAAAGGCUCCGAGGAGGUGGUCCGGCUUGGGACCCUCAUUUCUGAGUUAGAGAAGAAAGUUCGGCAGCCAGCACUUGAACUUUUGCAGGAUCCAAGUGAUAUAAUGAGCAGGUAUCCCCGGAAGAAGUUCUGGAUUGAAAAGCCUAUCAGCCCUGCAGUCAAAAAGCGGGCAGAAGAAUUCUCUGAUAAGUUUCUUUCUCUAGAGAAAGGACUGAGAGGAUUCCAUGGAAAGUUAAUGAGGGAUCUGGAAUAUAAAACAAUGAAGAUCGUCCUGAAUUCUCAGACAGCCAACGGCUACCUCUUAGUGUACCCCAAUGGGAAGAGUAUGAUAUUCACUGGCUUGUGGAUGAACAAAUACCAGCGUGGUCAGCGGUUUGAUCCUGAGCCUGGUGUGCUGGGCAGUAAGGGCUUCACCUGGGGAAAAGUAUACUGGGAAGUGAAAGUGGACAGGGUCUGGUGGGGAGAAGAGGAGGAGGAAGCAAUGAAGUUCAGAGGUGGAACCAGAGGUAUGUUUGGCAGUAGCUAUCUCAGUGGGUUCCUAGGUAUCGCUGAUAGCUAUGCCUCUCCUGUGUACAGAAAUGAGAGCGAAGAGUUAGAGGAGGAAUGGUCUCAGGAGAAUGGAAUGUGGCCCAAAUUCUGCUUGGUGGGAGUGGCCAGAGAGUCAGUGGUGAGAAGAGGGUCUCUUAGCUUCACCCCUGAGGAGGGAUUCUGGACUCUGAAGUUGUCUUCAGCAGGAGUCUUUAUUUGUACUAGCCCUGAGCCCUUCCAGAUCCUUUCCUACUGUCCAAGGCAGAUUGGCGUUGCCCUGGAUUAUGAUGGAGGGAAGGUGACCUUUACCAACGCGAGAACUCAAGAGUUUAUCUAUGAAUUCUCAUCUUCCUUCACUGGGAGGAUUUUCCCUUUCCUGUGGCUUAAUUGCAUGAGAUCCAGACUUACCCUGAGACCCUGA